AGGUGGCAAAAGGUACGUGCUGACAGUAGUUCUAAGCGAUAUUUUCUUUUGGCCAGUGGUGUAGCUUUCGCGUUACGAUAAUGUUAAAGAUCCAUUUAAAAUUCACCGAAAAGUUGGUGUCGUGCUUGCUUUUGGCUUGUAUAGUAAUAGCUCGACCGUUGUUAUCUGAGGCGGCUUCUUACACUUGGGGCCAAUUAUCCAAGUAUGCUUCGCCUAUCUAUGACGAAGAAAUUCUACUAACUGAUGCCAAUCGCACGGUUGAUAUAACAUUUCCAGAAAAGGGUUGCAUCGAUUGCUCCGAUUACACCAUCACCGCAAUGCACGCAUUCGAUAUGCAAACACCACCAUUUCGAAUGGCAGCAGACGGAGAGCGUUUAAGUGAUGCUAACGCGAAGAGCAUGGAUUUGCCAGCGGCUGAUUUGGCGUCGGCUGAAAUAUUGCGCGGCGGCAUAGGCUUUAAUUACACGACACUACGAUUUCGAAUAUCAACGCGCCCUUAUCAAUUACCAGCUGGAGGCGGCGGAGGUGAACAAACAGUUGAUCAUGAAGGUGGCGAUGAUGCAGGCCCUGGCAAUGCCGUUCGAGCGCACUAUCAGCUUGUUAUUUAUGGCGUUAGUAUAUAAAUGUAUGUAUAUACGUAUGUAUGUAUUUAUGUAGAUUGCUAAGAACUCUUAUCUAUAUACGUAGCAUCUUAAGGUGGCAGAGAUAUGUUUUGUUUGUG